UCUAGCAAGUGCACUUAUCACACGGUAGCUCUCAAACAAGCGACCAGAAUGUCCCUCGCGACACUCCUCUCCAUGUUCUGUCUGAUUUGUUUCCUUCCACAACAAGCCAACGGCCAGCAGAUAUGGCAGCAAAUCAACUUAGCCCCAGUCUGCUUUUAUGCCUCGGGACAAAAACCCGGCGAAUUCCACUAUUUCGGUGAUGGAAGGCUUGUUGCUGCAAUCAAACUUGUUUAUCGCACUGGGCUUGUAAGAUGUGAAAAGAAUACCGCUUAUAAUAGUCGCUGGGGUUGCUAUCACCAUAGUGGUUACGUUAAUUACCCGCUAAAUGUCGUGAUAACAGAUCGACAUAAUAACAUACUAUUUCCUCUGGAGAAGUUCAUUAAAAAUGCCGGCCUUUGGUACUAUCUUCCAUUUACUGACGCUCUUCAUUCCGAUGAACUUGUGUUCACAAACUAUGAGAGCCCAUUUUACCUCCCGAAGGGCGCGACUAUGAAAAUCUGGUACGGAGAGGACUUGCGAAAAUGGCGUAACCAUGACAACGGUGGAAGGGUCUGUGUGGAUGUAUACGGACACCUACAGUGAAUACGAGCAUCUUUGAACACUUGAUUUGUGCUUCAAAUGUCAAACUUUUAAAUUUUCUGUUGAAACUGAGAAAUUUAAUCAAGCGACACAAAAGUCAAGAUUUCAAGUUAAAUGAUUAACUGUGAUGUAGCCAAAGCAUGUAAGGAGUCAAUAAAAUUCAGCACAAACCGUAGA